AUGAAUAAAUGGAAAAACAUUAUAUUAUCAAAGGAGGAAGAAGAGGGGGUAAUGACAGUGGUGGAUGAGGUCAGUGGUAAAGAGAAUUUUCAACGAAUGUUAGCAGACAAGUUUUGGAUUGAUAAAAAUUUCAACGCUCGAGCUUUCACGAACACAAUGGUUAGAGCAUGGAAACUUAAGAACCCAUUGAAAACCCAGGAGCUGAGCAAAAUAUUUUCUUGUUUAGGUCCGCUGCCAAGAGAGAUUUGGAAUGUGUGCUGCGAAAUGGUCCUUAGAGCAUUGACAAGAACUUCUCCUAGAUCGUGUAUCAGGGGAAGAACAACCCUCAGAUCUGAACAUGCAUUUUGGAGUCUUCUAGGUAUGGAUCUAUGA